AUGAUUCAAGAAUUACGCAUGAUGCCAUUUUUAUUUUAUUUAUCUAGGCAGCAGCUAGAACAGGAAAUAAACAUCUCAUUGGAUGCUUCAACGAUUAUCAAGAAAUGCAAGUGUAAAAAAGUGAACCAGGUGCCGAGAUGUUCGUUAGUAAACGAUUGUUCGUUACCGGACCCGCCCGUACAACAAUUGUCGAAGCAACAAUUAUUACCGCCGACAAAGAACUGUUACAUAAAAAACAAAGAGGAGGCAUUCCAUCCGGAGUUGCAGGAAACUUGUCUGAAACAUCCCAUUGUUAUAAUACGUGGUCUCUGUAGAGCACUCCAGCUUGAUCUAAGCCUUUUUGACACUGAAACUGUGGUCAAGACAAAUCCAGAACUGAUUAUCGAAAGGCGCGACCAAAUAAGCCACGCUUCUGAUGAAAAUUGGCAUGAGCUACGGAAGGAGAAGGUUUGGAAGUUUCCCAGUUAUCUUAAGCAUACGACAAUCAGUAAGUAUGCAAAAUAUCAAGCCAAGAUUCUCAAGAGGAGCAAUAAGAGAAAUGGUAUAAAUGACAACGUAUCCAUUUCCGACGAUGAAAUGACCGAGCAUGACGAUGAAAUGGUGAAAUUCGCUACUAAUGUGGAUAUAUCAGUCGCGGAAAAUCCAAAGUGGAAGCCGCAGGUGAAAGAAUUGAAGAAGUUACCGCCCUUCCUCAGAGUGAAAUGUAACGAUAAUAUGCUCAGUUAUGUGGGCCACGAUAUUUUAGGGAUGAACACCGUCCAGUUAUAUAUGAAGGUACCCGGUUGCAGAACGCCCGGGCAUCAAGAGAAUAAUAAUUUCUGCUCAGUCAACAUUAACAUCGGACCAGGUGACUGCGAAUGGUUCGCGGUACCAAACGACUAUUGGAGCGUGAUACAUUCGCUCUGUGAGCAAAACGACAUUGAUUACUUGCGUGAUAGCUGGUGGCCACCUGAUCUGAAUGCUUUGCACGAGAAGAACAUCCCGGUGUACAGAUUCUAUCAAAAAGCGGGCGACGUCGUGUGGGUAAACGUCGGCUGCGUUCAUUGGGUGCACGCAAUUAACUGCUGCAACAACAUCGCGUGGAACGUCGGCCCGUUCACCGCCGAACAGUAUCAGCUGGCGAUAGAACGUUACGAAUGGAAUAAGGUGCGACGGUACCAGUCGGUCGUGCCGAUGGUGCAGCUUUCAUGGAACCUGGCGCACCGCGCUAAGGUAUCGAAUAGGGAACUGUUCGAGCUGAUCAAAAACUGCCUGCUGCAAACGAUGAAACAGAAUUACUUGUUGCGGAAGUUUAUAAAACGCAAGGGCAUAAAAGUGAGAAAUGGCGACCACAAGUACGAUCACAUAUUUUAUUGCAAAAUUUGCGAGGUAUAUUUUCCGCUUCCAGUAUAUAUAUAUUAUAUUACAUUAUUACAGUAUUUAAGUUGUUUCGUAUAUUAAAAGCGGAUCUUUAAAAAUUCUUUGCAGAUUGAAGUGUUCAAUAUAUUAAUUUGUGAGGAACAAGAAGAUGAAGUCUAUGCAUAUUGUAUAGACUGUGCGCUAAAACAGUCUCCUUCGUUGAAGAAAUUUUCUUGCUUUCGAAAAUAUCGCAUGAAAACGCUAAUGAAAAUUUACGAUAAUUUUAUAUGUCAAUAACUACCGACACCACUUACGAUUAUCGUUGAUUCUAUUAUGGAAAUCAUAGAUAAAAAAUUAGCCAAUCUUAUUGGGAUAGCAUGAAUACAUUUCCUGAAUAGUUUAGAGUAAGCCACGUUUUUUUGUAUGCAGAAUUAUCGAAUUUUAUUCGUAUUGUGAAAUUAAGAUCAAGCAUUUAAUUUUUCUAUUGUGAGUAAUAAAAUGUAGUAUUCUGUUCACUUGUUUUCAUAUUAUGUUACCAUAUGAUAACUACUGAAAACUAACAUGAAUUUCAUAUAUUAAUGUAGUUAAAUGUAUGUUAUCAUAUGUUAUUAGCGUAACAAAUAUGAGUGGCAAAGGAAACUCAGCUUGCUUUGCAAGUGUAUCUGUUUCACAAUAUGAAUAAAAUCGUAGUAUGUAGAUUGUGUUCAGAGAGCACACAUUAGCUAUUGCGUCAAUUUAUCCUUGCUUUACAUCGAAUGACCGAUGUAGAUGAAACGACGUUAUAGGUGACAUUGACGAUGCGCUCCUGGAAGCGGAGCCGUAGUAGUAGGAAUUUACUACAUUUGACUGUACUGAUAAGUAAACGAAUUAUUUACAAAGAUUAAGAUAAAAAAGGAGAUUGUCCUUUACAUAAAAAAGGAUUUGUCCUUUACAUAAAGAUAUAAAAAAUCGUAAACGUAUGAGAAACAUUGAUUUUCUUAAUCUUUGUUAGAGAGUGUAAAAACAAACUGCUCUGUGCAAAACUGCUCAAAUUGUUCAUACAUUUUUAUACGCAAAUCAAUACUAAGAUUAAUAAAAAAAUUUAAUUAGUCAAACCAUAUCCGUUAUAAUACAAAAUAAACUCUAUUCAUAUAAUGUUACAGUUGAUAAAACUUGUAAUUUCUGUUUUAUUUUUUAGAGUGUAAAUUUUAAUAAGUUUAAUUUUUAAGUCAGUUGAUAAACGUUACAUACACUUGACAAAAAAAUUAUUUAUUAAAAUCGAUAAAUGUGAAGGCAAAAGAACAAGUUUUUAUCAUAGUUUCCUAUGUCUUACAAAUAUUAAUUUUCGUUCUAAUAUUGUGUAAUUAUUUGUAGAUAUUUCUUUGUUAUAUUUUAUAAAACUCUGCAUAAAAAUUUAUUAACAAGAU